GUCGCCGUCCAUCCAAAUAUCGACCCCAUGGCCCCCAGUCAUCAGGCGUCCUCGCGGAUGACAGAUUCCCGUCCUUUGCUUUCACCUUCAAACAGUAGGUUCUGUCGGAGAAAGGAGGUUGGUCAAAUCCGAAUUGUUGUGAUCUACGGUGGGAAAGAAGAGAGAGAUAGAUCCGAGGGUGGGUAGAAUUUUAGAGUUUUGAUUUGUUUUAUUUUUGUCUAGGCCUAUAAAUCGGGGGAUUCAGAGAGAGAACAGGAAUUUUUCGAAAUUUCUUCGGGGUUUUUGGGAGGAACAGAGGAGAGCGAGAAUAGCGAAUUCCGGAGGAGAGUCCGGCGACGUUUUUGGCUCACCUAGUUAGGUAACUUCCAGAUCCGACCAAAUAAGGGGCGCCUUUGGGUUUUUGCCUUCGGAACUGCCCCAAAAUGGUGUACCCGGAAGCAUGACGACCAGAAAGCUCCUUUUACGUGUAUGCUUGUUGGUUUUAGUUGCAGAUCCGUGAAUUUUGAAUGUGUGUUGAUGAAUUUUCCCCUUUCAUGUACUGUGGA